AUGUCAGGAUUCGUACACGGCCUCGCCGCCAGCUCCGAACAGCCUCUCUGGGAAAUAGCUGCGGCCACCGGCAACGCUCAGAUCGCGGCCGCAGACAUUGGCGUGUCGAGCUACGGGGAGUUGGCACCGUACUCGAGCCUGUGGGACCACCAUCACCACCACCACCACCACCACCACCACCGGCACGCGGGGGCGGCGGGCGUGGCAGGCCCAGGAGCCAUGGUGGGCUACCCGGGCGCGCACCCUGACCUCAUCGGCUUCGCGUCCGAGCUGUGGUCGGCCGCGCCGCAGCACCGCGCGCAGUGCAUGCUGCAGCAGAGAUUCGGGUCUCACUCGGCCGUAUCGGGUACAGCAGCUAGCACGGGUAGCCACAAGAAACCUCGCCGGCGGGUGGCCACCAUGGCGCAACGCAGAGCCGCCAACAUCCGAGAGCGUCGUCGCAUGUUCAACUUGAACGAGGCGUUCGACAAGCUGCGACGCAAGGUGCCGACAUUCGCGUACGAGAAACGCCUGUCACGCAUCGAGACGCUGCGGCUGGCCAUCACGUACAUCUCGUUCAUGAGCGAGCUACUGACGGGCGGCGUGGGUGCCGGUGCAGGCUCAGCCGCCGCCAAAGUGUGCGCGCCAGCCGACUGUGCGCGCGGGGCUUCCCCGCUCUACUCGGCGGGGACUCCCCGCGACUACCUGCCGUACUCGCUGGUGCGCCAGGUGAAGCACGUGGCCGCCAACUAA